GCUUGGCAUAGUGAUUUUUCAACAGUUAGGUCACGUCUCUUUUUGGAUUUCUUGAGAUAGGGCCUUGUUAUCCAACUUAGCAAGUGGUACUAAAUGCUUACAUACAGAUUAUUUAUCGGUCUGCAUAAAGACAGCAACUUAUUAAUUAUAUCGGACGAAAAAGCUGUCAUCUAUGACAAAGAUCAAGUUUCCACCUUUAAUAUGGGAGCAGCUGGUUAGCUUUCUGCCGACAUCCCAUCUAUACGAGGUUCGUAGUAUCCUAGGUGAAGACAUUGUCGAUCAGACUGUGGAACUGAAAUGCGAAGUUAUUUCAUUUUUAGAAAUAGUCAAAGAUAGUGCCCUUGCCACCAAGUCUUUUCAGGUUACAGCCCCUCAUCCAUCAGCCUGCCCAGAAUAUGCAGCUGACAUCAGACGUUUUGCCACUCUUUAUUUGGGAGAUACUAAUAAAAAGUUGAAGCAGGAAAUCAAAAACCAAGUUACUUAUCAUUUAAAAGAUGAAUCUGAGCUUGAAAAUUCGAUUAAAAGGAUAAGAGAUGGAUUGAGUAAAGAAGUUUCAUAUUUAGAAAAAUAUUUACAAGAUAUGCAGAAUUCUCUACUAAAGCUCUUCGAUACAUCCAAUUACCGAGAUGAAAGGGAAAAUCGCCCUUGUCAAGUAUAUUCAGCACUUCCUGUACCAAGUACAAUUUGUAAUACAACAGAUGCUCAAAAACAAGUACACGAAUUAUCUUGUGGCUUAGAGUUUCUUCUCAGUCAAAACUCUGUCGAUAAAGUGCUCCCUAAAUCAGUUUCUCCUUACUCACCAACGUGUUAUGCUCCACCGUCAGCUGGCGCCUCUUCCUCUUCAUCUAACACAACUAUGAAUAAUCCAACCACCGAUCCACUCGUCUCUCACCAAAACUCAAGUUAUCAUACAAAACCACAAAGGAUCCCUUGGAAAAAGAGUAAAGAUGGUUCAAAUCCUAAUGCUGAAAUAUACAGUUCUACAAAUGUUCAUAAAUUACCUGGUUCAGAAGGCAACAGAGGAGAAGGAAGCAUUAGUCUUGAAUGUCUGGAAAAUGGAACUAAUGAAAAAUCCAAUGGAUCAGUUACUUUGUCCACAAUUUUAAAUUCAGCCACAAACAAGUCAUACGGACAACUGAAACAGUCACAAGAUUCAUUUUAUAUAAAUCAAUCUCAGCUUAACAACCGAACAUUAUUAACAUCCAGUUCAGAGAAAUCUUAUACUCGCUUUGCUGGGAACAAGAACUGUCACAGUUGCUGUCAUUUCAAUUCAGCACAAAGAUUUCGGCAAAUGAUACUUAAAGCGCGGCAAGAGAGUGCAGACUCAUAAGGUCAAAUAUCUUAUUUGACCAACCACUGAAGAUCUUAUGGAGCAGUACAAAGCUAAAACUUCUAGUUAUAACCUUUUCUUGAUUGCUUAAUUUACGACUAACUCUUGUCAAAAGUUUACAUCCUAACUGAAAGACUUGUAAAACAAUUGAAUUUGUAAACAUUUUCCAUUACAGAAUACGGAUAACUUUUGUAAUGUUUCUGGUGUUUCACCUAAACGCAUUCCUGAAACCACUUGAAAUGCAAACAGUUUGACUCUGAGUUUCCAUACAUAUGGAUUACAUGUGCAGGGGAAAAAAAUUUCAGUCAACAAUUCAUACUAGUAUAAUUACAUGUAUUUUGGUUUUUC